UGCGCGAUUACGUCAUUUCCCGGAAGUGAAACUAUCGCAACACGGAAGUGUCGGAAAGAAAACAAAUAAUCGCUUCUAACUGUGUCGAGUUGAAGUCGGAGAAAAACGCCCUGAACACCGUCUACCUUCUGGAUCACCGUCUUCUCACGUCGAGCCCGGCAGACGAUGGAUUUCCUGUUUGGGAGAAGGAAGUCUCCGGAGGAGCUGCUGAAGCAGAAUCAGAGGGCGCUCAACCGAGCCAUGAGAGAACUGGACCGAGAGCGAAUGAAACUGGAGCAACAGGAGAAGAAGAUCAUCGCUGACAUAAAGAAAAUGGCCAAGCAGGGACAAAUGGACGCUGUCAAAAUCAUGGCCAAGGAUUUGGUUCGCACGCGGCGCUACGUGAAGAAGUUCAUCAUGAUGAAAGCCAACAUUCAGGCCGUCAGUCUAAAGAUACAGACGCUCAAGUCCAACAACAGCAUGGCACAGGCGAUGAAAGGCGUCACCAAAGCCAUGGCAACCAUGAACAGACAGCUGAAACUGCCUCAGAUUCAGAAGAUCAUGAUGGAGUUUGAGCGACAGAGUGAAAUCAUGGACAUGAAAGAGGAGAUGAUGAACGACGCUAUCGACGAUGCCAUGGGGGAUGAGGAUGAUGAGGAUGAGAGCGACGCCAUCGUGUCCCAAGUGCUGGACGAGCUGGGUCUCAGUCUGUCCGACGAACUGUCAAAUCUGCCCACCGCCGGAGGAAGCUUGGCGGUGAGCGGAGGAAAGAAGGCCGAGCCCCAAGCCGCCCUGGCUGACGCAGACGCCGACCUGGAGGAGCGACUGAACAACCUCCGGAGAGACUGAACGCGGCCGGAAGGCGCGCUGUUGUUUGCGAGGUUGUUAAUACAGAUACAAACAUACUCGAAUCUCUCGUGUUUAGAUUCUUUUUGAAGGUAUAACUGGCAGAAACGCCGGCUGUUUCAGAAAAAAAACGGUCUGUGUUAUAAAAGGUGUAUGGCUUUCUGUUUUGAGGUGUUUUUUUUUUUUUUCAUUUUUAAGCGUGAAUUGUGUAUUUUAUCAACAACAACAAAGAAAGAAACCCUAUAAGGAUCAUUCAUAGGUCUAGCAAAUUCUUGUCUCAUGUAAGACAUUGCCAAAACACACAAAAAUAUCUAAAAGUGACAAUUUAUUUCACUGUCUGUGUAGAUACUAACUCCUUGAAGGCAUGACGUUUUCACAAUUUAAAUUAACACUAAAGACGUUUUAAAAGAACCCAAAUGAAAGUUGGUAACGUGACAGAAGUGGCUAUUUUAUAUGGGUGUCUGCACUUUUUGUACAUCAGGCUGGUUUUGGCGUUCUUUGUAUCCACAUCAUCGUAUAAAAUACAGUUUUAGCUCCGAUUUGGGCUUUUCAAUGACUUUUGAUUGUGUUUAUUUGUGGGAGUUGAUGGUCGUCAGGCUCCAGCUGAAGACGGUGUACAAAAAGUCUCAUUUAUCUCGACAUCUUUUCUGUCUAAAUUCACUAACAGGACGGUUUAUUUUACAAAAACACACACAUAUAUAUAUAUAUAUAUAUAUAUAUAGGGAUAAAGGAUAAAGGACAAAGAAAGAAAGAAAGAAAGAAAGAAAGGAAGGUAUGUUCAGGUGAAUCUUCACCGGUGGAAAAGCACUCCUGUGUACUUCCGUUUGUCUGUGGUGUUUUUUUUUAAGACGAGCAGGAUUUUCACCAAAAAUAAUUAAUUAAUACGAAGUCGGUGGUGUUUUGAGAAACUGUCCUGUUGUUUUCCUUUUUUUUCUUUGUUCAAUAAACAUUUUUUUCCAGAUUUAACAUAA